CAGUUCAAGAUCAAGAUAUCUCAAGUUGACAGUUCGAAAUUCCCAAACGUCAUCCGUUUAAAAAAAAAACCAGCAAUUCAUGCAGAACAUUUUCGAUUAACGUAACACAAAAUUUGAAUUGAAGACCUUGAGAAAUGGUAUAAGAAGCUGAUAAAGACGUAAAGAUGCCCCUGUAUUCGUACAUACCGUAUCUGGAUCCGGACAUCGACGAAAAGGAGAAAAAAUCGUUUUCUGGUCAUUUCCUAGACACCGACGAGGAAUCGGACGCGCCGAAGCUAGAAGACGAUGCCGCCAAACUACCGAACAAGACGCCCGUGGACUCGUUCAAGAGGAAGGUGAACGAAAACCUGAAGAAUUUCAAUAACAAAAUGACGGAUCUGCUCCAAGACGGCUUGGGAGGCGUCGAUAACAUCUGUAAACAAGUGAAGGGUCUGAUCCACCACGAUACCAAGCAGGUUCACUCGGAAAAAUUCAUCGAGAAGUGCGCCAGAGGUGACGUGUACGAUUGUACCGAGGAAAAAAAAUACAACUCCCCAGCCACAGAUCCCUCCCAAGACACCCUAUACUUCACCUGCCAGGAAAACGAGGAGAAAAUACGAGAAUUCCAACGUGGAGAAGGCAGCAACGCUUUCACCACCACCAAAGAACAAGACGACAUCCCCCCAAAGAGGAAAGUACGCUCCAGACCCACCUCCAGAAGCCUCAGGUCCAAGAAGAGCGACCCGAAAUGCAGCAAAACCAAGCUAUCCUCCAAAUCCUUCAACGCCACCCCCAAACCGUCGGACACCAAGAAGAGCGCGGAGAAGAUCAAGUCCAAGACCAAGACGAAGGCCUCCAAGUCCAGAUCGUUGACGCAGAAGGAUUCGAAGCCGGUUGACGAGGCUAGAGCCAAAAAAAGACUGGGACAGAUCGAGAGGGACUACCAGAAGGUGGUGGAGAACCUGGGGAUGGUGGAACGGAUGAUGGCCUGCAUCAACGAGAGGGUGGCCAGUCAGAAGUUGAAGGAGGACCUCACGUCCCAGGAGACCGUCAAGAGCGAAGAGAAGGGCUUGAAGAUUAAGAAGAAGGCUACCAAACCGGCUAAAACCAAAUCCACCACACAAGAAACUGGGGAGGAGUCAGUGUCGCAAACUGAACGAGAAGACGAACGUAGGGAAGAGGAAAAAAAGAUGACCAAGGAGGUAACCCGACGUAAAGAAACAAAUCAACAAGAAAAAAUACCUAAUAAAGAGAUAACCAUCGAGGGUCAAACUGACGCAAAGACUAACCAUAAAUCGGACCAGAACAAGACAGCGUUGAUGAGCGAAAGCCUCCAAAACCCCAACAACCAAAACCUUUUCUUCCAAAACCCCCAGAAGAAGAUCAAAUUAAACGAGAGCCUAACAGACAUAGACGCUCUUAUCGACAACGCUGUCAUGGAACUUGGAAGUCUCGUAUACACAGACUUCGACGUCUCAACCAGCAGCUCGGACGCCAGCUUCAAGGCAACGAACGAUGAAGGCGCCCAGAUGAAAUACGAAGAAUGCAACUCCAUCACCAGCACGUCCACUAGCACCGACAGCGAGGCUGUGUUGCUGGGGGAAGAUUCUGAGAAAUUCGAGAUAUCCAGGUCCUUCCAGGAGCUCAAGGAUUCAUACGUGCAGAAGAUCAAGCAGGACACCACCGGGAAAACGAAGAAGAAUAAACCCAAGGGUAAGUUAUGGGUUAAACUGGAUUGGAUAACCCCAAGACUCGAUUUCAGUCCAGAAGAAGAGCUCUUUUGAUCAGCUGCAUGAAGAGAUCUUCAACGAUUCCAGCUGGAACAGGCUGGAUCCUUCAUCCUUCGAGGGUACCUUCUUGAAGGACAACAGCAGCGACCAAGAGACUGGGACAAACUGGAACCCAGAGGACAAGCUUGCGGAGCCUAAGAACGAUCAGGAUUUCGCUGUGUUGGAAGCGUUGCUCCACCCCAAAACCGAGAAGGUGCAGAAGGAACCGGUCACCGAAGAAAUCAUCACGAUAUCGCUGCCAUCCGACAAGGAAUCCAAGAGCUCCAAGAAAACCAGGGAUUUCGUAUCGAAUAUACGCAAAGUCGACACAGAGCACUUGGACGAAGAGACCCUACAGAUAACUGUAACAUUGACUGGGGACGAAGAAAAGACCGAGAAACCGAGGGAAAUCUCAGAUACCGAGGAGAAUUUCGAGGCCAAUCGCAGGCAAGAGAGGUCGCUGAGGAAGCAACAGAAGAAGAAGAGCAAAGACAAGAA